UUGUGUUUGUGUCGCUCACACACACGUAGCACACGUGUGGCUGCCAGGCUUCCUCUGCAAAGAUCUACAGUGGAUUUAGUCUACAGAAGAUAUCUCUAUCUAGAGCCACCUUCGCCUCUAACGUCUGGCCUCAGUGAUGUCUUGUUUACUUGGCUCAAACUGCACAGUUCCAGUUUACUGUACAUUACAGUUGGUUGUUUGCUGAUGACUGUCAGACCGGUUCAUGUGGAGGGAAUGAGUGUAUGCUUAGGUACAGAUUGAGUGACAAAAACAAGGAAGAAAGAGAAAGCAAAACAGAAAAGGUGGGACAGAGUGAGGGAUGAAAUACUGUAGCUGAUGCUCGCUUAGAUAAAGAUACUUUGGGGUAGAGAUUACAGUUAGAUGAAGAGAUUUGUUUGGCACUAGAGAAAAAGAGGGAAAGAAAGAGGAGCGAGAGAGAAAGAGAGAGAGGGCAGUGGGAGGGAGGAGAGACCAAGGAUCCAGCCCUCUGGGACAGCAGUGCGUGUUUUGGGGGUGGACAGAGUGGCUUUGUAUGCAGAACAUCACCGGACACCAACGGGAGGGACGCUGUCAGUUGUUCUCUGUGUGUGUCUAUAGUGAAACCAGACCUACCUCUGAUCCCUGCGCCACACACACUCCUCCAUCUGCUGCCCCGGAGCCUGCCUUCUGCUCUCCCUGGACUCAACCCCUCUGAGAGUGUUACAAUGUGUGUGAGAGUCUUGGAGAGCCGUUUCCCGGCGGUCAGGAGGAUGUGAUGUGGAACUUGUGGGAUUAAAACUUUCUGGAAGCUCGGUAGUGACAGCGAUGGAUUGGAGCCAGGAGACGGGAAGUUCCGACUCUUGAUUGACUGGAGGAUCCCAGAGGAGGAUUUGCAAGCAUCACUAAAACCACUCUUUUGCUCGGUUGUAUCUUCUGUAUUUCUGCAUCUGGACAUUGUCCACAAGCUUGCAUAGAGUGUGUGAGCAGCCCAUGUGGGCGGUAAGGGAUGCGGAUCUGAGAAAACUCCACGCCCUGAUGCCCGUUGCUAUGCUCCCGUGCCCUGCUCCGGCCGGCUCUGACUGGAGCUUCCAGAACCCGGUGGGGGUGGACUGCAGCUCCCCUGAACCUCGCUGCAUCUGGCUGGCAGUGCUCCGCAGUGCCACAGGUUCAGUGCCGCCGCCUGCCAUGCCCAUUAGGCACAGCCAGAGCACUCACCAGCCCAGGGGUAAGGGGCGCAGGGAUGGUCUCCCCUCAACCGGUGACAACCCUCGGCCGCCGAUGGCGACCCGGCCGGGAAGGGAGGGGGGCGGCGUGUGCUGGAAGGGUCCCCGGACGCUGGUCCUCCAUAAGAACUCCCAGGGUUUCGGUUUCACGCUACGCCAUUUCAUUGUUUACCCUCCAGAGUCCGCCCUGCACACCAACCUCAAGGAUGAGGAGAAUGGUAACGGAAAGGGGUAUCAGAAAGGUCGACUGGAGCCGAUGGACACCAUAUUUGUGAAGAGUGUGAGAGAAAAAGGUCCGGCUCACCAGGCAGGCUUGUGCACAGGGGAUCGGCUUGUGAAAGUGAACGGAGAGAGUGUUCUAGGAAAGACGUAUUCGCAGGUGAUAGCCCUCAUUCAGAACAGUGAAAGUGUGCUUGAGCUCUGCAUUAUGCCAAAAGAUGAAGACGUGCUUCAGUUGGUAAGUGCAUACUCCCAGGAUGCCUACCUGACAGGCAACGAACCCUACUCAGGGGGAGCUGAGUACCUCCCACCACCACCUCCCCUCUGUUACCCGCACACCAAGGCCACACCCCCUGCUGGAGCCCCUCCAUCUGGUUCCAUGGGCCAGAACCAGCUGGAUAACUGGAGUCGUUGGCCAGGCUCUUCCAGCCCCUCUUCACCCCUGGACAACCGCUCCGCUGUGGGCAGCCCCGCCAGCUGGCAGGAAGGGCGGGCAGGAGAGCCAGGAGGUGUGGGUCACAGCAGCCCGGCCCACCGCACAGAGGAGAUCCAGUACGGUAUGACCAGCCAGCAGCCUCAGGGCCAGACCAGGGGACGUUCCUACUCGUCCUCUUCCUCAUCAGGGGGCCCUUUGUCUAGCCCGCUGCAAGUCCACUACCCUAACCACCACGCUGCCAGCUCCUCUCAGUCCCAGACACGCCAGUCCAGCUCAGCUUGGACCAGUCCCCCCCUGCCCCAGCUCAGCCAUGGCCGCACUGAACGCUGCCAGCAGGCGCUCUCUGACUGGUACUACAACCAGCUCCCGGAGCGCCCAGCACGCAACAUGCAGACCCGCCACCGCAGCUACUCGCAGGACCGGCUCAGUGAUUCAAGGAGGCAGCAGCAGCGGACAGGUGGCUGGCCGCACAGUGCCUCCCAGGACACUCUGCUGUUACAGCAGUCAGGACCAGGUCCCCAAGGAGAGCCCUACUGGUCCUAUGGAGACUGGGAGGGGGGCCCAGGUAGGGGGCACCCUGCCACUAACUAUACCCGGACACGCUCUGAAAACCUGCUGGCCCAGUACGAUCACCAUGGCCGCUCAUUAGAGAUGCUGGACCGAGCAGCAGCUGGAGUGGUCUCACCUCGUUUUGAGAGGCUGUCAUUGCUCCAGCAGGCUCCCCAUCCGCCCCCAAGGACUGAUGCCUACUCGAGGCAGGGGAGCCAUUAUGGUGCAGCACAAGCUCCUCCGAUGUCCCGACACACACAAUCACAUUCUAAACACCACUCCCAGCCUCAGACCCAGCAAUCAGCCCCCCAGAACAGGCGGCUUCCCCGUGGGCAGAGCAUGGAUGACCAGCCGGUGGGCUACCGCAGCUACAGCCCCUCUUUUAACCGCAAGACGGGCCGCAUCAUGCAGCAAGCCCACUCUUUCAGGGACCCUUCGUACUCUGGCCCUCACAUGAACUGGAACCCAAACACUAAAACCAGUCCGCCAGAGGGCACAACGGCACCCCUCACUGCCUCCACCACUCCUGAAUCCCAGGACAGAGCGUACAGGCCAACAAACCACGAGAGGGAACGAGGGUCAGUGGAGGGGCAGGCGAAGGUGGUGGCACAGACCCAGGAAGUGGUGCUGAGGCAGAAACCACCCACCGGGCGGAGGAACGCCCACGGUAUGCGUCACCCUCACUACGCGCUGCCCAUUGACGGGCUAGAACCCUCUUUGUUUUCUCCUGAUCCCCAGGACUCAGCUCCUGCCCCUGGUUCCACGGGAGAUGUAGCCCCACGCAAACCAAACGGCAACCUCGCCCCCCUCCCCAUAGAGGAUGACUCCCUGGCCUCCAUCCCCUUCAUAGAUGAGCCCACCAGCCCCGGCGCUGAUUUGCGCGCGCGCCACGUGCCGGCAUCAUCCGUGGUGUCCAGCGGCAUGAAUUCGGCGCCCGCCGUGGUUACCAGCGCCGUCUCCCCCACCUUCACCUUUCCCCUCACUAGGCUCUUCUCACACGACUGCAGCAGUAUUAAAUCCGGUCGCCGUUCCUCCUAUCUUCUAGCCAUCACCACCGAGCGCUCCAAGUCAUGCGACGAAGGACUCAACACGUUCAGAGAGGAAGGCCGAGUCUUCUCGAGGCUACCAAAGAGAGUGAAGAGUUUCUUCACAGACGGGUCUCUGGAAAACCUUGGGACAGCAGAGGAGGUUCGAUCUAAACGCCACUCCACCUCAGAGCUGGGAAACAUCACUUACAGCGACAUACGGCGAGAAGGAUGGCUGCACUAUAAACAGAUCCUUACAGAGAAGGGCAAGAAGGUGGGCAGCAGCAUGCGUCCGUGGAAGCGAGUCUUUUCUGUGCUUCGCUCCCAUUCGCUGUUCCUCUACAAGGACAAGAGGGAGGCGGUGCUCCGCGGGGCCACGAUCGGAUGUGCGGCAGAGGACGAGCAGCCAAUCAGCAUCCGGGGCUGCCUGGUGGACAUUGCGUACAGUGAGACCAAACGAAAGCACGCCCUGCGGCUAACCACCCAGGACUUCUGCGAGUACCUGCUGCAGGCAGAGGACCGGGAGGACAUGCUGGACUGGAUAAAGGUCAUCAGGGAGAACAGCAAGACGGACAGCGAGGAGCUGGGCUUCUCCAGACAGGCCCUCAUCAAUAAGAAGCUGAAUGAUUACAGGAAACAGAGUCCAACAGGCAGCAAGCCCGACUCCUCUCCCAGGAUGUCCCGCAUGAAGCCUCCCUUCAUGCUCGCCAAGACGGACAACGCUGCGGGGGUGCCACGCUCCCCCAAAUCAGAGGGCAAAGAUGAGAGCAGCCCUCCAAAGUCUCCGUGGGGAAUCAACAUCAUGAAGAAGACAAAGAAGGCCGGGCCUAAAGCUUUCGGUGUGAGGUUGGAGGAUUGUCAGCCAGGUGUAAAUAACAAGUUCAUCCCGUUGAUCGUGGAGAUCUGCUGCGGUCUGGUAGAGGACAUGGGUCUGGAGUACACGGGAAUCUACAGAGUCCCCGGGAACAACGCCAUGGUGUCGAUGCUUCAGGAUCAGCUCAACAAGGGCGUCGACAUCAACCCUGCAGAGGAGAAGUGGCAAGACCUCAAUGUUGUCAGCAGUUUACUCAAAUCCUUCUUCAGGAAACUUCCAGAGCCACUUUUCACCAACGACAAGUACAACGACUUCAUCGAUGCCAAUCGGAUGGAAAGUGCGUCAGACAGACUAAAAACCAUGAAGAAACUGAUCCGAGACCUCCCAGAUUAUUAUUACCACACUCUGAAGUUCCUGGUUGUUCACCUGAAGACUGUGGCCGACAGCGCAGAUAAAAACAAAAUGGAGCCCCGUAACCUGGCUCUGGUGUUUGGGCCAACUCUGGUUCGGACGUCAGAGGACAACAUGAAAGAUAUGGUCACACACAUGCCUGACCGCUACAAGAUAGUUGAGACCCUCAUCCAACAUUGCAACUGGUUUUUCACUGAAGGGCAAGACAAGGAUGAAAAGACGCCAGUGGACACGGAGGACGUGCAGCCCGCCCCCAACAUCGACCACCUGCUGUCCAACAUCGGCAGGACCGCUCUACUCGGGGAGGCGUCAGACUCAACCAACAGUGACUCAGCUAAAUCAAAGGGGUCGUGGGGAUCAAAGAGAGACCUCACACCCAAGGACUUCCUGACUUUGUCCAUCAUGUCAGCUGUUACGGGCCGCAAACGCAGGAAGCGCCAUAACGGCCGCCGGGUGGGCAGCAGCACCGACGACGACUCAGAGCACGAGCCAAUCAAAGCUGGACAUUUAGGGGCAGAGGAGGAAGAGGAGGCAGAGUCGCCUGUAGGAGACACUGCUCCUCGAGCAGAGGGAGAGGACGACGAUGAAGAAGAAGAAGAGGAGGAGGAAGACGAGGAAGUUGUAGAAAGUGGAGCGAAAGAGGAGGUAGAAGUGGAGGUGUUGGCGGUUAUUCCCAGUCGGCUGCGCUGUAAAGAGGAAGAGGAGGCAGGAGGAAGGCAGGCAGCCAUGUUGUUGCACGAGGAGGAGGCGCAGGCGGAGGUGAAGGGGCCGCCGUGGAGAGCUACAGAGGAUGCUCGCUCUAUUGUUUCUGGUUACUCCACCCUCUCCACGUUAGGGCGUAGCCUGGGGUCCGAGGGGAGGGGGGAUGAUGCUGAUGACGAGCACAGCGAGCUGGUGAGCGAGACGGACAAUGAGAGCGGCUUUGCCUCACGCUCCCUCACCCAGGAGAGACCUGAUAAACACCAGACAGUACCUGUGAACACACAACCGGCAGCGGCCCCGCGAAGUUUCCUCUACACACACUACAAACCCCCCGUUCUCUCACCCACAAACCUGCUCGCCCCGCCCACAGCGCUCACACCCACACCGGACUCUGCGGACAGGAGUGAAGGAGGGGCGCGGUCCACUACACCCUCGUCCUCCUCCUUCUCCUCGUCCUCUACCACUCACAGACUGCAUUCGCGGCCUUCCUUUAACUCGCACAAGCUGAUCCAGUGCGACACUCUGGCCAGGAAGAAGCUGAAGUCGGAGAAGGGCAAGGCUCGCUCCCUGGACCUAUUGGAGCUGUCUGGGGCCACAGCUGAGGCCGACGGUGCUGGUUCUGGGUCAGAUGGUGCACCCAGAGUGAAGAGGGACACUUCCAGAAAUAACCCCUCCUCAGCCAGCAGCCAGGAGAGCCUGCGCCUGGCCCGGACCAAGCCCUCCCUGCCACCCAGUGAGGCCGCCUCCUUCACCCCGACCGGCCCCGGUGGCAGGUCUCUGGCAGAGCAGGUCCGCGCUCGUCUGAUGGGCUCGGCUGACGACCUGCGCAUUGUAGGACUGCGAAAACCGCUGUCACCAGAAACACGGAGGAAGAGACGGGCCUGGCGCAGACACACCGUGGUGGCCUCUCCAACUGAGAUCUCUGAGAAGAGACCCCCACUGACUGUCAGUGAUUUCCCCCUGUCCUCUAACACUCAAAACCAGGUCAAAACACCAGGGCUGCCUCUGGAUGCAGACGGGCUCGACCAAGGACCGGCUACACGUCAAGCACCCACCUCCCGAUUCCACCAGUACCUGUGAGCCCUGCCAGCUGACCCCACACUUCACUCCAAGGAAAAGAGGCUCCUGUAGGGGGGCCCAUGCUGAGCCGCUGACUCCCUGCAGGUCAGUAGACCGGCAGCAGUGUAAACAGGGCCGUGGUUAGUUGCCAGGUGCAACACAGUGUACCUAUGAACAGGUCUUUGAGAGCAGCCCACCCUUUUCUUUUGGAUAAGCUCCAUUUGCAUGGCAAGGAGCAUUCCAUUGUUGCCAAAGCUUUUGUUUUUUUCUUUUCCUAUAUGUGUGCUUUUAUAGAAAUAAUACAGAAACAGGACAGAGACACAAACAGACCUCAUCACAAUCAAUGUCACAGCCAAGAAUUCUCAUUUGAGUAAUAACAGAGCAUCGUUCCCAUCUUCUCUACGUUCCUGCUCACAGACAACAUAAAGUAAAGGGUUUAAUCCCGUCAAGGGACCAGAGACGGAUGCUAAAAUGCAACGUCCCUCUGGUUCUUGAGAGAAUGGUGCUUCUUAAUAAAGUAGGGUUUAACGGUAACUAUUAAAAAAUUUCUCCGAACCUACUUCAGUGAGCCAGAAGAGACAGUCAGCCUCGCUAUUGGUCAGUUUAAAACCAUGUCAAGGGAUCUCCACUGAUUUUUCAUAUCAGUCUUCCUAAUCUGUUCCUCCUCAGACCACAGACACUGUAAUACUCUACAAUAGACACAGUAGGUUACAAACACACAGAAUACAUACGUCGUCUCUCUCUACUUGUUAAUAAUGUUUGUGUGUGUGUUUGCGCAACAAUAUUUGUGAUCAUGUCUGAGCGUGCAGGUGUUUGUGUUGAGCAAAUUUUGUAACAUUUGUACAAAGCCUUGUUAAGUUAACCUUGUAAAUAUAAAUAUUAUGUUAUCAUAUUUGUUUUUACUUUUUUAGUUCCUUUUUUAUGGUUUACAAAAGUGCGUACAAGUGCACAGUUAUUUCUUUCAAGAUGUUACUUGAAAUGUUUCCCUUAAUAUAUUCUUUUUUUGUUUUAUAUUCAAUAUAUAUAUUAUAUAUAUUUUGUAUUAAAGUAAAAAAAAAAGUACUUUUAUUGUGAUUUCACCUCUUGGGUGUACCUGUUCACAGGAGACAAGAUAAACAUGACUAAACCUGUUCCUUAUUUUCUCAUAGAUGGCCUUUCUCUCGGAUUCUUAGCACUGUGCAGAAAACCUUUAUCUCACAAGAUAUAAUCUUAUAAAUAAGUUUCUCUGGUGACUAUACUUCCAACAAUGUUGCAUCAACAUGUACACAAACCAUCUAGCAACUACAUGCGUCAAGAGAAGAAAUCUGGUAAUUAUUAUAUUGGGCAGUUUGCAGGCAGCUCAGCACCACACUGUGAUGGCUGACCUCAUUUGUUUUGUUAUUCAUGCCUGGGAUUACUGACAAUGCCUCCACAGAUCUGCUCAUAUUUAUUGUGCUCAAGACAAAGUAUGUUCCUUCUUGUAAAAGAGAAGCCUCACAGUGUUUAACAGACUUGUUAAAAUAUUGUGUAGCGUAUACAAACAGAUCUUUGUGUUUUCAUCAGAUUCCCUCCGAGGGUUCAUCUGUCUGUACGUUUAUUACCUUGGGGUUACAUGAGGAGUUUUCCAUAAGGUCAGGCUCUAAUAAAUCCUCCCUGACUGGGGAAAUGGUACAUCAGAGGAAACAAAUACAGAAUAAAUCUAUUGUUAUCAUCUCUCGUUUUGAUUUCCCUUCACAAAAGAACACAAACAGGAGGUGCAACUUCCAAAGUCAUGAGACUUGUUUUCAUCUGACCAAAUAACCCGGUGAAAAAUAAUAAUAAUAAUAAAUGAUAAGUUAUAUCAGUUAUAAGUUGUCUUACCUCAAGAUUUUUUUCUACAAGUGCCUGAUUUCUGGAAUGUGUGUUUGUUCUGCAGUGCCAUGAUCGGUUCUUAUCUUUCCGUUUCCUUUUGUUGUUUCUGGGUCUCCGCCCUCCUCUCCUGUGGUUGAUGGUAUAACUAAGGCACUGACCCAAAGAUGUGUACGUUUAAUACAAGCGGUCUAACUGAGAGGCUGUAAAAAAAAAAAAAAA